AUGGAAGAAGGCCCAAUUCAUUAUCUAAGGAUCGAUGUCGAUGUUGUUGAUAUGUCUUCCGAACCACCUACCGUGGAAUCGCCUGUCAAAGCUUGCGAAAAGAAGGACGGGGGAUCUUCUGUGUGUGUGAUAUGUUUGGACCCUCCUGUUGAAGGAGCUUGUGCCCCAUGUGGCCACAUGGCUGGAUGUAUGUCUUGUUUGAAGGAGGUCAAGAAUAAGAAAUGGGGCUGCCCUAUGUGCCGCACCAAGAUCGAUCAGGUUGUAAGGCUCUACGCUGUUUGA